AUGUUCUCCCAUGAAGAAAAGUGUGAUAUGUUAGAAUGCUACUUACAAGAGAAUAAAUACUACAGUGAAUUAUAUCCCGCUCGCAUUCAACCGUAUGAACGAUAUUUUCUGAGACUUUAUCGAAGAUUUAGGGGCAACGAAAAUGUUUUUGCUAAAACAAGGGCAAAAAAAGAAUUCAUAAUAAGCGAGGCCACGGAAAUUGCAGUUAUUGGAUAUUUUGAAGCUUAUCGUGAGAAUUCAAUAGCAGAUAUUCUCAAGGACUCUAAUUUCAGUUAUGGUACUGUUCAAAGGAUUUUAAAAAAAUACAAAUUUAUUCCGUAUAAGUACCGACCAGUUCAAACGCUUUUGGCAGGGGAUCCAGAGAGAAGACUUGUUUUUUGCCAUUGGUAUCUUAGCUUCUGUCGCCAAAAUGUAAAUAACUUUCGUUACCUUUUAUGGACAGAUGAAUCAAAUUUUUCAAAUUCUGGAAUGUUUAAUAGAAAAAACCACCAUUAUUGGUCAAGAGAAAAUCUUUUGUUAGUACAUCCAAGAGGCCCACAAGUCCGUUUCAGUUUCAACGUUUGGUGCGGUAUAAUUGGUUCAAAAAUUGUUGGCCCGUUCUUUUAUGAGGGAACCCUAACUGGUGAAAGAUAUGUGGAAUUUAUGUCAGAAAUUCUGACUAAUUUCUUAGACGAAUUGGAUCUUAUAAGUAGACAUCAUCUGCAUUUUCAGCAAGAUGGCGCACCUGCCCACAACUCCAGAGGUACUUAUCAUUUUCUAAGUACUACUUUUAAUGAUCAGUGGAUAGGAACAAAUGGCCCAAUACCGUGGCCUCCCAGAUCACCAGAUCUAAACCCACUUGAUUACUUCUUGUGGGGUUACUUAAAGAACCAAAUUUACAAGCGAAGGUACGAUAACCUUGACGCUUUAAAGACUGCAGUUAGGGAAAAGAUAACCCAGAUAGAUGGUAGGACCAUACUUAAGACAGUUCGAGCAGUUGAAAAACCUGCCCAAAAAUGUAUUGAAGAACAAGGUGGUAGUGACAAGCCGAUCUCUGCCGACGAAGGGCUGUCAGAUCAGUGGAUCGAUGACUCUUCUCUAACGGACAGUCUCGGGACCCUCUCCUCCAUGAUGCCGUCGCGCAAUGUGCCUACCAGACAGACCCGCCUGACUGUGGCCUCCGAUCCUAGCCAAGCUAAGCCGAGGGAGGCUUUUCUCAGAUCUACUAACCUUAGGCACGACAGACAGUAUGGUUUCCGGCACCAGCGAUCAACAGGGGACCUCCUAGCUUACUCUUAUGGUGAGGCUCGUGUCGUUGCUCUUGAUAUCACGAAAGCGUUGGAUCAGCUGAUAUCCGUUGUGAUUGACUGGUUCUCCUCUUCAUUCCACAACGUCAACGCGGAUGAUAGCACUCUACAAGCAGUAAUUCAGAGGGACAAGCCCAUCUCUGCCGCUGAACUGGCCCAGAUAAGGCCUAGCCUGGAGUAUUGCCCACACGUUUGGGGUGCUGCCGCCCGACUACAUUAUUUAUGCUUCAUGGCUACCCGCCUGACAUUGGCCUCCCAUCCUAACCGUGUCGAACUUCGUACAUCCAGAACUGGCCGAUACAACCGUUCCUUUGUCCCGAGGAAGUUUUUCCAGUUCUAUUAA